AUGGCGGAAGCUCAAGCGCCCCAGGAUGCGCCGUUCAACUCGGUCGUGAUUGAAGCUUUGGUCGUCAUGAAGAUUGUCAAGCACGGCUCCUCGACCUUCCCGACCGUCGCUACCGGUGCGACCGUUGGCCUCGACCGCAACGGCGUCCUCGAGAUCACCAACUCGUUCCCCUUCCCCACCGUCGACGUCUCCAACUCCGACUCUCACCAGAACAACGACGCCUCCGCCCAGGCGUCAGCUGCGCCGAGGCAAAAGUCCAACAUUGUUUACCAGAGCGACAUGAUCAAGCACCUGAAGGAGGUCAACGUCGAUGCCAACAACGUCGGCUGGUACACGAGCGCCACCAUGAGCAACUUUGUCAACCUCAGCUUCAUCGAGAACCAGUAUCACUACCAGAAGGACAACGACAAGACGGUCGCCCUCGUGCACGACGUCAGCCGCAGCUCCCAGGGCUCCCUGAGCCUGCGCGCCUUCAAGCUUUCCGCCAGCUUCAUGGCGGCGUACAAGGAGGGCAAGUUCACGACGGAGAGCCUGCAAAAGUCCAAGCUCUCUUUCAAGGAUAUCCUCCAGGAGUUCCCCGUCACCGUCCACAACACGCACCUCCUCACAACCUUCCUUCACCAGAUCCCCCAGGCGCCCCAGGCCGACGCGCUCGAGCACCCGACGUCUGUUGGCGAGCUGCGCGACGACCCUUCGAGGCAGCCCCUGUACCCUUCGGUCGACAACCUCGACCUCUCUAUUGACCCGUUCCUCGAGAAGACGUGCGACCUGCUCCUGGAGAGCAUUGACGCGCACUACAACGAGGUCAACAACUACCAGUUCUACCAGCGCCAACUCGGACGCGAGCAGGCCAAGAUUUCGCAGUGGCAGGCGAAGCGCAAGGCGGAGAACGCGCAGCGGGUGGUGGCCAAGCAGGCCCCCCUUCCGGAGGACGAGUGGCAGCGGCUGUUCAAGCUGCCCCAGGAGCCCAGCCGCCUCGAGGGCAUGCUCAACGCGAAGCAGGUCGAGCAGUACAGCAAGCAGGUUGACGGGUUCACGGCCAACAUUACAACCAAGAUGUUCGCCGUGCGGGAGAACCUCAUCCCCAAGCGUGCUUGA